AUGUUGAAAGGACUGGAGAGUGGGAGGUUGGGUUUUGUGUUGCGGAGGGGUGGGGCUGGUGAUGGGGAAGGGGGUGGGGAUGGCGAUGGCGAUGGCGAUAGCGAUGGGGGUGGAGAUGGGGAAGGGGGUGGGGAUGGCGAUGGGGGCGGAGAUGGCGAUGGCGAUGGCGAUGGCGAUAGCGAUGGAGACGGUGGGAAUGAAAGAAAGACUGGUGAUGGUGAGCGGGAUGGGGAUGAGGAUGGGGAUGGUGGAAAUGAAAAAAACUCUGGUGAUGAUGGUGAUGAGGGGGAUGCGUAA